CAUUCUCCGGUGGCCAGAGCAUGAGACCGAGAAACGGCUCCCUCAGGGACCAGUGAGAACGUGGGGGGGGGGGCCCGGCGGCGCACUUUGGGGGAACACCGAGCAUCCUGGGAGCUGUGGUCCUGGCGCUGGGCGGGGGAUUCUGGGUAGUGUAGUCCCGGCUUCCUCCUGGAGUAGAUGCCUAGCUGGUGGCUGGAGUGACCCCUUGUUCUUUGGUGGCGCUGGUGAGUGAGGCUCCCGAGGGACCCUCGUCGCAGCCGUGCCCUUCCCCGCGCGGAAAGGACCACUCCUGAUGCCUUUGAGGGAGAGGAAACCCUACCCUGCUGGAGCUUGAGCGUUUCCAGUGACUCCUGGUGGGCAGGGGGAGGACUCCUGGGCUCCCGACAGCCCAGCCUCAGGCACACAUGGCAUUCAGAGAUGUGUCCGUGGACUUCACCCAGGAGGAGUGGAGGCUGCUGAGCCCUGCGCAGAGGACCCUGUACAGGGACGUGAUGCUGGAGAACUACAGAAACCUGGUCUCCCUGGGAAUUCCAUUUUCUAAACCCAAACUCAUCACCCAGCUGGAGCAAGGGAGGGAAACCUGGAAGGAAGAGAGGAAAGGCCCGCCGGCCCCCUGCCCAGCAGAACCAAAGCCAGACCUGCACCUCAGUCCGCUCCGCCCCCCGGGUUUCUCCAGUCAGAGGCUCCGCGUGCAUCACGUGCUGUGCCGCCGUCCGCCCUGGCUCUUCACGUGCUUGUAUGCAGAAGAGCCCGUCCAGCCGGGAAGUCUGAGCCCAGAGGACCAGAAGGAGCCGCAGCAGCAAGCCUCUGACGGGAGCUCCUGGAAUGAUGGAGCUGAAGGUCAGGAGAGGGAAGGGGCCCAGCCUUCGUUUGGGAAGACAAAGAAAAGGACCUCGGGAGCGCUCCCCAGGCCCCCCGCAAGGCAGCCGGUCAGCUCCCUGAAUGGCAUCCGAGGACUGGAAAUAGAGACCGGCCCCGCUCGGGCGGGGAGCCCCGAGGAAGGAGACGGGUUGCUGAAGAGGAUAGAGGUCUUCGGCUUUGGGACAGUCAGCUGUGGCGAGUGCGGGCUGGGCUUCAGCAAGAUGACAAACCUGCUCAGCCACCAGAGGAUCCACUCAGGGGAGAAGCCGUACAUGUGCGGCAUCUGUGAGAAGGGCUUUAGUCUAAAGAAGAGCCUGGCCAGGCACCAGAAGGCCCACUCCGGGGAGAAACCGGUCGUGUGCCGGGAGUGCGGGCGCGGGUUUAACCGCAAGUCAACACUCGUCAUCCACGAGAGGACACACUCGGGCGAAAAGCCUUACAUGUGCGGGGAGUGCGGGCGAGGCUUCAGUCAGAAGUCAAACCUCAUCAUACACCAGAGGACACACUCCGGGGAGAAGCCCUAUGUCUGCCAGGAGUGCGGGAAGGGCUUCAGCCAGAAGUCAGCUGUUGUGAGACACCAGAGGACACACCUGGAGGAGAAGACCAUCGUGUGCGGUGACUGUGGGCUGGGCUUCAGUGACAGGUCCAACCUGAUCUCGCACCAGAGGACACACUCAGGGGAGAAGCCCUACGCCUGCAAGGAGUGUGGGCGGUGCUUUCGGCAGAGGACCACCCUCGUCAACCACCAGAGGACACACUCCAAGGAGAAGCCGUAUGUGUGUGGGGUGUGUGGGCACAGCUUUAGCCAGAAUUCGACCCUCAUCUCACACAGGCGGACACACACCGGGGAGAAGCCUUACGUGUGUGGGCUGUGUGGGCGGGGCUUCAGUCUCAAGUCCCAUCUCAACAGACACCAGAACAUCCACUCAGGGGACAAGCCCAUUGUGUGUAAGGACUGUGGGCGAGGCUUCAGCCAGCAGUCAAAUCUCAUCAGACACCAGAGGACACACUCAGGGGAGAAGCCCAUGGUGUGUGAGGAGUGUGGGCGAGGCUUCAGCCAGAAGUCAAACCUCGUUGCACACCAGAGGACGCACUCAGGGGAGAAGCCGUACGUGUGCAGGGAGUGUGGGCGAGGCUUCAGCCACCAGGCCGGCCUCAUCCGGCACAAGCGGAAGCACGCGAGGGAGAAGCCGUACGCGUGCAGGCAGUGCGGGCUGGGCUUUGGCAGUAAGUCAGCUCUAACCGCACAUAAGUGGGUGCACUCAGAAGAGGAGCCUUGCUUGUGCAGGGAGUGUGGCCAAGGCUUUACCCAGAAGUCACACCUCGUCUUGCACCAGGUGACACACCAGGGGAAGAAGCCUUACGUGUGCAAGACGUGUGGCCAAGGCUUUGGCCAGAAGUCUCACCUCAACAGACACAAGAGGGUGAAGCCUGCCCACCACAAACCACCACUUCAGUCUGACUCUGAGGCCUGUUUAGGGCCACCUUCCGACCCCUUACACUGUCUUUGAAAGUGAAGAUGGUGUUGAGGACUGACUAAUCAAAAUUUGUACGCUUUCAUGAAAUGGAGUAGAAUAAUGCAUUCCGUAAGUGGUCAAAGGAUAUCUGCCUUCGUUUACUUCCUCCACACUAAAUCUUCAUGCUUUGUGGCCUUUUGUUCUAAUAAACUUUGCUUCUUCACAAA